GACGAAUCAUAGUACUAGUACGACACGACAACUAAGAGCCUGGAAAUGGUAUCCAGGCUGGGAAACUAGUCCGGAUAGGAUUCUAUCCCUAGCAAUGGAACGUGAAAUCGAGCGGUUUGCCGAUCUACGCGCAGAUCCCAAGAACCCUCUUCGCCUGCAACCAUUAGCGUGUGAAUGGAAGAGCAAACUACUACUUGAUCACUUUUCUGAUCAAGAUCAUGAUGACCUUUGCCUUUCUACGAUGCAUGAUCCCGAGCAGUCGUCUUCAUUAUCGCGAUUGCGAACGGCUUUGUCAGAAACAUUCGGGCCAGAUUUUAUCUACGAUCCGUGGGCGACAAGAACGGUGCCAGGAGAGACAACAACCUCAUCUGACAACAACAAGAACUCUAGGUCUAGACCUUUCCUUCUUUUCCACGGCACGUCAACCGUCUGCGCCAAAAGCAUCCUAAGAGAAGGUCGCUUUCGAGCACGAAUAUCGACUGACAAACUGAAAGCAGUGGCAGUGCAAAGCGGACGACCGGAAUUGUCAGCGCAUACCACAAAGGCUUACGGUGACGGGAUAUAUGCUGCUUUUCAUCCAGACACUGCUUUACUCUAUGCCACAGGAAGAGCCUGUCUCGAGGAUGACUGUGGAGCGCUGGUUGUGGCUGUUUUGGAAGAGUCGGGAGUCGUGUCCUCUGUGUCAGGGCAGGAAGAGUCGAGAGUGUCUGUGUCAGGGCAAGUUCUAGACAGUUGUUUGGAGAAGAGGAUAUCAACGUCGGAUUUGCUGACCAUCACCAGCGACCCGCGUGACGCGAGACCUGCCUUGGAGGAAGGCAAGUGUGUCGUGGUUACCCCUCCGCCACCUUUGAGUCAAAGUGUAGGGACAUUUGUCGUGUUGCCAGAAUCUACUUGUACUUCCGGUCAAGGACAAGGAUCCUCUUCUUCAUCCGGUCAAGGAUCCUCAUCUACUUGUCCGUUUACUCUACGACCAAUCUGCGUUUUUAGCUUAGGCAAAGCAGACUCAAAUACGACGCGCAGAGGGCUUGUUAGGCGAUAUAGAGCAUUGGUUCUGGAGAAAUUUUCGAAAGACAUGGGACUUCCGCUUUGUUCGCCAGAGGAGGGUGACUCGUCAUGUGCUGUGAGUCUGUCGCCGACGGCUGCAACGAGAAAUCUUUCUGCAAAUGAAAACGAAAAGCCUAGUACAACCACGUCGUCCUCAGUCCAUACUACUUCUCCAUUAUCCAGCACAACAUGCAGUCGCACAACUUCAGCUAGCGACAGGGACAGCCCAAGUGCUCCAUCGAGGUCUACCCUAGUAGAAAAGACCAAAGCGUCGUCCGACAACAACAUUCUCAACCUCUUCACUACUCUCGCUGAUGCACAAGCACAUGUUUUGAACAUGUUACCAGCAGUUCUUGACUUCCUUGAGGCAUGCUAUACGCAUUUUGAUGGAACAACAGAUUCGCGUUUGACAGGU